AUGUUUGAUUGUUCUUCCAAGUCUCAGUAUAUUGGAGGUCAGAAAGAGAAAUUUGUAAGGUUGGAUGAUUUAGACUCUACAAUGUCAAUGUCAUCUGGAACUGGAGGAAUGAAGAAAUGCAUAUUUAAUUUAGAGGGCUUGACAUUCGGUGGUCGUGGAAAGAAGAAUGCAUCACAAUCUUUGAAGAUAGGGAUGAAGAGAGGAUCAGAAGGACUAUUAACAUUUGGUCGCUCCCUUCGAUCUGGAGUCACACGAGCUGUGUUCCCAGAAGAUCUCAAAGUGUCAGACAAAAUGAUUUUUGACCCCCAAGAUAGAUCUCUUUUGCUAUGGAAUAAGUUUUUUGUUGUAUCCUGCAUUCUUGCAGUAUCUGUGGAUCCACUAUUUUUCUAUCUUCCUAUCUUCAAUCAUCUAUCACAUUGCCUUGGUAUUGAUGUAAAGUUAGGAGUCACAACUACAACCAUUCGGACAAUAAUUGAUGCUUUCUACCUCAUUCGCAUGUGUCUUCAGUUCCGUACAGCAUAUAUUGCACCAUCAUCGCGGGUUUUUGGACGAGGUGAACUUGUUAUAGAUUCUGCACAGAUAGCCGCACGAUAUUUAAGUCGUUACUUCAUUGUUGAUUUUCUUUCUGUGCUCCCACUGCCACAGAUAGUGGUGUGGAAAUUUCUUCACAGAUCAAAAGGUUCAGAGGUAUGGGCAACGAAACAGGCAUUGCUAAUCAUUGUAUUUAUUCAGUAUAUUCCUAGGUUUGUCCGCUUUAUACCAUUGACUUCAGAACUGAAGAAGACCGCCGGUAGUUUUGCUGAAGGCGCUUGGUCUGGUGCUGCGUAUUAUCUGCUAUGGUACAUUCUUGCUAGUCAUGUAAUUGGGGCCUUUUGGUACUUACUGGCUGUAGAGCGUAAUGACACAUGCUGGCGAAAAGCUUGUAUCGGUAGUGGAAAAUGCAACAUAGAUUUCUUGUACUGUGGCAACAAGCAUAUGCGGGGUUUUGCAGACUGGCGAAAGGUCAGUGAGAAAAUACUUGGUAGUAAAUGUUCUAUUAAAGAGGAUACCGAUUCAUCACCAUUCAAUUACGGGAUCUACACACAAGCUAUAGAAUCUCGCACUGUUUCAUCCAACGUCUUCUUCUCUAAAUUCUGUUACUGUCUGUGGUGGGGCCUGCAGAAUUUAAGUACACUUGGUCAGGGGCUUCAAACCAGCACCUAUCCAGGAGAAAUUCUCUUUUCCAUAGCAAUAGCUAUUUUUGGCCUUAUCCUCUUCGCACUUUUGAUUGGAAACAUGCAGACCUACCUUCAGUCUCUUACGGUUCGUCUUGAGGAAAUGAGGAUCAAAAGGCGUGACUCUGAGCAGUGGAUGCAUCAUCGUGCACUUCCACAGGAUCUCAGGGAGAAAGUUAGGCGCUAUGACCAAUACAAGUGGUUGGAGACACGAGGAGUCGAUGAAGAAAACUUAGUCCAGAGUUUACCAAAAGAUCUGAGGAGGGAUAUUAAGCGACAUCUCUGUUUGAAUUUGGUCCGAAGGGUUCCUCUUUUUGCCAAUAUGGAUGAGAGGUUACUUGAUGCAAUUUGCGAGCGACUCAAACCAAGUUUAUACACAGAACAUACUUACAUAGUUCGAGAAGGGGAUCCAGUAAAUGAGAUGCUUUUCAUUAUACGUGGCUGCCUUGAAAGUGUGACAACAGAUGGUGGGAGGAGUGGCUUUUUCAACAGAGGUUUACUCAAAGAAGGGGACUUUUGUGGUGAGGAACUCUUGACAUGGGCGCUUGACCCCAAAUCUGGUUCCAACUUACCAUCAUCUACUCGAACAGUGAAGGCUUUAAAUGAGGUGGAGGCUUUUGCUUUAGAAGCUGAAGAGCUGAAAUUCGUUUCCAGUCAAUUUAGGCGCCUUCAUAGUAGGCAGGUUCAGCAUACCUUCCGGUUCUACUCACAGCAAUGGAGGACUUGGGCUGCCUGCUUCAUCCAAACUUUUUGGCGCAAGUAUUCCAAAAGGAAAAUUGCAGAACUUCGCCGUAAAGAAGAGGAGGAGCUAGACUAUGAUGAUGAACAGGCCUUAGUUGGACAAAGUGAUGACACUGCAGAUUCCUACAGCCUUGGUGCAACUAUAUAUGCAUCACGCUUUGCAGCUAAUCUUCGUGGCCAUAAGAAUCGAGUCAUCACUAGUUCCAAGAGCUUGAUGAAGGUUCCAAAGCCACCAGAGCCAGACUUUAAUGAUCUUGACACAGAUGAACUUGGCUAUAAAAUCAAAUGAGCUAAUUCUGCUCACU